GAACACGGAAGUAUCGUGUUGGUUUUCAAAAGGACACUAUCUAAAUUGCUAAAUCAAGCUAGAUCAUUAAUCUUCGUUACAGCUUAUCAUGAUGAGACAUUGAGUACUUUUACUGUUUCGUACUUGACUUCUUACUAUAUCAGUAUCACUAGUACUUUGGCUGGGACUUUAAGAAAGGUUUCUCAAGCAAGUCACAGACGCGGGUCAGACUUCGUACCAACAGGCCAGUCGGCAACUCCUAUAUACCUUCCAAGCAACAAAAAGUGCCUAUUUAUGUGGAUAUAAUAAAUUCCUUCAAAACUGUUUCAUUUCCUGAAGAAAAAAAUUCUUCCAAUCAGAAUUUUUUACAAGAUGAAAGUGUAAUAGUCAUGCGAGUCAUCCAAGUGAAGAAAGUUGCAUAUUGGUAAACUUGGUAAUUUGAUCUAAACAAGCUCUCUGGACAGUCAUUUGUAAACUUUCACCCAAAAGAAAAGAUGGAAGUAGCAAAAAGAAAGCCUAGAAGCUCAAAGGUUGAUGACCCAAACUUUGAGGUGGAUGGUUGUGACGGCAAAUUGCCGAAACGUAGAGGAAGAGCAAGGAUGUCCAGUUCAUUGCUCGAUAGACUUGCUCCAACUCCUGGCUUCGUAGACAAACCAAGUGUGGAUGUUGAUAUUGGAUCCUUAGCAAGACGAAGGACCCCAAGAAUGGCAAGUCUCAAUGCAGCAGCAAAAGUUAACUUGUUUUUUGAACCUGCAAGCCCGAUAGCAGGGCGCAGCGAUACUCAUCAUCAAUCUCGUAGAAUGUCAAAGGGUUCUUCAGACAAAGACUAUGAUGGUGGAUUAAGGAAUGGGAGUACUUCAUACGAUGAUAAUUUGUUUGAAAAUGAUGAAUGUGUUUUACAGGAAAUUUCAUCAACAUCUGAUGGCUAUUUAACCUUUGAAUCACUAGCCACCAUAGAAAAACAAGAAAAUAUUCAAUAUAUUUCAAAGGGUAAAGAGAUUUUGGUUGAAAAUGGAAGGCCUGAAGGCCCAAAAAUAGGACAGAAACGUAAAUUGGAGGCUGCAGAUUCGACUUCUGAGGGAACAGUAAAAAGAGGACGCAAAAAAUUUGACAUCAAUAACAUGCUUUAUGAGAGAGAACAGCAGCUAGAAAUGGAAUGUGAUACCACCACUGAUGCUAAUAUUAAAACUAUGGUAGAUGCUUGUAUACAAGUUGAUUUACCUCGACCACCACAGUUAAAGCAUAUCCGAGUGCUCUCUGUUCCCAUAAAAGGCCAGAUUUAUACCCAGUCUGGUUCUAUUCCAUUCACAAAAAGUCAUUUGAUAGCUCCAGGGGCUCCUCCACGGCCACCAGUUGAGCAUACAAUCAGCAAGAAGGCAUCCACAAAGCGCACAGCAAGCUUGAAUGCCCAAGCAAUGCUGAAUGCCAUGAUGGCCAAAGAUGGGCCCCUGCAUAAAAUGAAAAAUGCUAGUAAUCUUUUGAUACCUCAUGCCAAGAACAGCAAAUCCAGCAAAGAAAACAUUGCCACCAAAAACUCUCAGAACUUAGUCAAUGUUCCUCCGCUUCGCAUCCCAAAAAUCAACUUCGCAGCCACCUCUACUUCGAAUUUUAGCCUAGGACGUCACAGACCAACUGGUAACCCGGUCAAGAAUAUUUACUUGAAAAGCUUAAAUAUGCAGCUUGAAAAAUUGCAAGCUGAACGAGCAAAAGAUCCAUGGAAACAAAAGAGAACCAAUGGAUGGACAUAUCAUGGUGAACCUCUUGAUAAACCAUAUUGCUAUAUGGAUGACAAGAUAGUUAUAAGGCAUUACUACAGUGGCAUUCAGCGUGGUGAUGAGAUCAUCAAUGUAAGAGACUCAGUUCUUCUUAAAGCUGGUACGAGACGAAAAGAUCAACCUUUUGUUGCCAGAGUUUCAGGAUUGUGGGAAGAACAUGAUGGUCCCAAUGCUGGUGAAAUGAUGAUGAGUGUGUUUUGGUAUUACAGACCAGAACAAACUGAAGUUGGUAGACUGCCACAUGUCCAUGGAGAGAUGGAGGUAAUGGCAUCUAGGCAUAAAGAUGACAACAGUGUAGCCUGUAUCGUUGAUAAGUGUUAUGUCCUCAGCUAUCCAGAGUAUUGCAGAUAUCGAGCCCAGAACAGACUAUUCCAAGAGUCUCGGAGUGUACCAUUAUCUCCUGUACCACCGGGUGAAUCUACCAAGCCUGGCUCUGUCCCUCCACCCAAUACAGAUCCAUCAUUGGUCUUCUUUUGUCGUCAAAUUUACGACCACAGAAUGGGGAGAAUUAUUAAGAACCCGUGGUACUAGACCACAGCAGAUUUCAUAUCAGUUGGAAAACUGUCACUCUGAAAUGGUGUCCUGAUCCAGGGAAUGUGAUUGGAUGGCGCACGUUUUUGUUGCAUUUUGAUUGGCUCAGUGCGUAAACCAUUUGAAAGUCAUUGGAUGGCGCACUUUUUGUCUUAUUUUAAUUGGUUGAAGGCUUGAAGGCGGAAACCAUUUGAGAGUCAUUGAAUGGCACGCUUUUUGUUGCAUUUUGAUUGGCUCAAUUGCUUUUGAUAAGUCUCCUAAUGGCACGUAUUUUAAUUGGUUGAGUGUAGAAGCCCUUCGAGAGUCAUUGGAUGGCGCACAUUUCGUCGCCGGAACCAUUUUAGAGUCACGGUACAAUUUCCAUCUACACCACGAAAUCUGUUUUUUUGUGGCAGAUUCUGCUAACAAAAUUAUCAGCGUAUACUUCCUGUCUUAUCACUAAAGGCGACUAUGAUAUUCUUUAAUGAACUCAGUUCGUUGAGUUUGUUUUCAUUCACUUUAGAGGUUUUUCAUCGUUACUCAAAUUUAGCGGAUUAAAGUAGCAAAUAUCAUAGUGAUAGAAUAGUUUGCAAAUAAUAACGGGCGUUUUCUCGAAGUAUUCGUUGUGACUUUUGAUGAAAACUGGGAAGUGUUAGUCGUAGAAAAUUCGGAAAUGUAAAAGUUUUAACUUUACUACUUAAACUAGUAGUAGAGUGAAGGCAUUUAACCCGUGAAAUAAAAGUUAUUAGUCAAAAUAAAACAAUGGAAAUAAGGUCCGACUAAAGUGUGUUAGUCUAAUAUCUAUUGCACGGGUUUAAUGACUUCGUUCUAACUAAAUUUUUAAAACUUAGUUAAAGUAGUGGUCAAAUUAGAUAAAUCUUUAACCAGUUGUGUUUGGUGAAGAGGUAGCUGGACCACAAGCACAGUAAGGGUUUGGAAUUAUUCCUUACAGCUCUGACUUUUCUAUUUAUUAAGAUGUGGUUGAAUGACGCAGUUAAGUUUUUGAACAUUCACUUUACAUCUAAGUUUAAGAAUUUCAUCGGAUUUUACCUCUAUCUCCGUCUAUCUGGAGAAUGCCGGUAUCCAGUUUCACUAAACCUGUGAAUCGUACGGCAAUUUUAAAACGGUUAUCUUGAAAAUACUGAAUAUUGUUACUGAAUAAUACUAAAUUUAAGGAAAAGCAAAGAAAAGAGUAUCAGUUUUCAUAGCUUAUUGGAUACGUUAUACUAUUUUUUUAACCUGGCAUUUUAGCUUUAGAAUCGUACCUUUCCUGGAAGCAUUCAGUAUUCGUGAAACAAUCUUUUGGAAAUUGCUACAUAUUACUCAGUAGUACACCCUUUUAUAACUGCACGACCAUAUCAGCCUAAAGACGUCUUAGUUUUUCGCCCGUUGAAAAAUAACUACAAACUCUUUGUUUGACUAAAGCCAGAAACUUAUAUUUCUGGAAUUUUUGCUGGUUGUCUUGGUCGUGUGAUUAUGAAGGUGGAAAUAGCUGCUUUCAGUCUUUUCGACUCUUGCGUUUCAUUAGCACCGGUUUACCGAUAUAACUGCUCUCUCAAGAGGCCAUGAAUUAGUGUCACUUUUUUGUUGAAAUUUAUUAACCACAAUGAGAUAAAGAUCGAUAAGAUGUGUUCAACUUAGUAAAACUGAAGUUGGGAAUUAAUAUAAUAGUGUAAUACUCUUGUAAAACUUAGUUACAAUUACGAUAUUUUGAGUUGCAUAGUUGAGUACUCUGAAAUAUUGUCGGGUGCUGGGGCGACUUGAUUUAACCUGUCAAAUCUAAAAAACGAGUCCUCGUGAUAGAUAGCUAAAAGACGAGUAGCCGUGUCCUCCUUUACAUAACUACGUGUUAUAAUUGGAUGGAACCGAGAAAAACGAGAAACCAUUUCAAUGUCAAACUUUCUGUCAACUGUUCUACCGUCGAAUGCUACACAGGUUACAUCUAGUCGCUCUUUUUUAUGCAUCUAUUUAAAUUUGACCAGCCACAAACGAUUAAUAAAGGCUGUAAAUUAUUCAUAUAGAAUUAGGAUAAAUUUUAGACAAAAUUAGUUUAUUAGUAAAACAAAAUAGCAAAAAAAAAAAAAACCAACGUAAAAAACGUUUGUGGUAGACUAAAUCUCGUUUUACUCGCGUUGGGGAAAGACGAAAAAAUUAAAUAAGAACAGUCCCCUGUUUUAGAGUACGAAUUUGAUAAAACUUUAAAACUCCUUGCCACAGAAGUUUAAUGUUUUCUAUUAGAUGUAUUCAUUUCUGUGGUAUAUUUUGUACAGUGUUCGAGAUGGGUGUUGUGGUUAUGAUAUUCUCAAAUAAAACGUUUUGCAAA